AUGAAGCGCCGUAUCAUUGGAGAAGUUGUUGACGAUGUCGAGACCAAUGCGUCUGGCAUGGUCGCUUCCACCGAGCCUGAAAUCGCAGUUGACAAAGGACUGUGUCUUGAUGCACUGCCAUUGGAGGUUCUCCAUCUAGUGUGCCGCCGCUUGACGCACAGGGAAGUGACCAAGUUUCGACUGGUAUGCCGUCUGUUUGGUACUGUCGGCAUCGGAUACCUGGCUGAAGGAGCAUACCUUUCCUUCUCACUGCAAGCCUUUCAGGAUCUGGAAGCCCUUGCCAACACGGCACUCUCCAAGCGAAUCAGAUCGCUGACAUUCAUCACGGAGCAUCUUACUGGAUUCUUCACCUACGACGAAUGGAUAGCCAGCGAAGACACCUAUCAGAAAGGUCGCAGAUUCUUGAGAUUUUCUUCCGAAGCAGAAAGACUUGAGAAGUACUCUGCCUUCAAGCAACCAUACAAGGAAAUUGAGCACAUCAUCCAAGACGGUAUACAUCGUCAGAGUCUCCAGACAUUCUUCCAAAACAGUCCCAAUCUCAAAUCACUCGCCAUGUCUCUCGCUAGUGGCAUUUGGAAUCUUAUGGAGUCCAGUGAUGAGAGCAGUUACACUACAGCAUUUGAGAAGAGCUUUGGCAAGAUCUCUCUUGGCGAACGACACCACCAUAGCACUGUCGAACUUGCUGAAGUCAUGUACUCGGUUGUUCGGGCCGGUAUCCAGCUAGAACGCUUAGCAGUUGGUUACCUGCCUAUUGAGUCAAUCAGAGAGUCCAAUCCCGACUUUGCCAUCAUCACAAACGCCAUGAGCUCGCUGAAAUUUCUCGUUCUCAAGCUAGUCCAUCGACCAUCGACUCCGACAGGCCCUGCCAAUCUGAGAGGCCAUUUUGGAUAUACUGAAGAAGAUGUCUCUCGUAUCGCGAGUGCAGCCGAUGAGCUCGAGUUGGAUCUUUCCAGAUUCGUUGCCACAGCAUUUAAUCUUGCUCACCUACGGACCAAAGGCCACAACAUGAAGACCUUUCUACUCGCUCGCAAAGAGACGCUCACCUUCAUAAGAUUCAAAAGCGUUGACUUCGAAGACUCGGGUGACGGGUACGGCUGGAACCAUUUCCUACAAGACAUGUCGACCAAGAUGCCCAAGCUUGCGCAUUUCAUGAUAUACGGUCAUCUCGGGGAUAUCGAUGGAUCAAUGUGGGUCUUCGGCAAUACCUGCAAUGGCCAUUCUAGCUGGAGAACACAUGCAAUGGACAGAUAUCUUCGUAUGGGAGGUCCCUUGCCAGUGGAUGAAGAAUCGACAUCGGCUCAAGUACCCAAUCCGCUCGUCUAUCUUCAUGCUUAUGACCGACACGGGACUGGCUCCAUCAGUCGCUGCUUCAUCGGGGAUCCUGAGGGUUACCGCGCAGGGCUCAUAGAUGAAUUUGAGGAUAAGUUCUGGGCCGAACACUUCUGGACUUUCAACCCAUGUUGUUGA